AUGGAGACGGCACGCAAGUACAAGAUAAUCUUUGUCCACGUCGAUGAAACGCCCCAUUCGGUUCUGUUGGAUCUCGAAGUCGAGUCGGUUGAUCAAUUGACCAAGGCGAUCCUGAAAGAAGUCGUUGAUGCUGCGGCCAAAACAGUUUACAUCGUGGAAGAAGGAAAAACCGGUCUCCGUCCCCUCAUCGACCUCCCGACGGGUCCCACGCUCUCUGUCCAAGUUCGCGCCACCAUCGAUGAGAUCAAGGGUACGUUGUACACCAUCUGA